GGCUGUUAUUAAUCAUAUGAUUAGGUUUUGUUUUCAUAACAAAAAGUCGAAAAUUUAAAAAAACUAUUAAAUAAAUAUUAAAAUGUCUGCUGAAAGUGAGAGAAAUGCUGCUGGACAAUUGCUGGACUCCCUCUACCUAAAUAUGUUUCAUUUGAUUGAAGCGCAUACCCAAUGUCACAUUGACAUCGAACGUACAAGCUCCAGUGGUGCUAUUCUCUUAGCACGCACUAAGUUCCAGCAAGGAGGACAAUCGCUAUCCACAGCCCAAAUACCGACGGAACACAGUGCGGAGUUUAACGCACUUUGCCGGGUUGUAAACGCCGGAGAAGCUGACAAAGAUGCGGACAUCACCAUUAAGAGACAUGCGGUGGACAAGGAGAACGGUUAUGUGGAGCCUUUGAACUGGUUUAGCGUUUUGCCGCCCAUGAGUCUACGAAAUGCCGUGGAGAAGUUCAAAAAAUCAAUUGAAUUAGUCGCCGAGAGCACAAAUCUGCAACGGGAGCUAAGUACAGUAUUGAAUGGAAUUGACAGGCUACGACGAAGCCUAGCACUAUAAUAAAGAACCCAUAUACAUAUAUACAUAAGAAUAAAGUUCAGAAAAGUCAAUACAUGUA